AUGAACAGGCUCAGCAAGAAGGCGGACAGCUACGCUCAAGGCAUACGGGAGCACGGUAAGCACCUUCUUCUUCUUCUUCUUCUUCUUCUUCUUCUUCUUCGUCCUCAUUUCAUGGUCGUUCUUCUGGUUCUGGUUUCGUAUUAUGUUCAGAAACUGAGAUCGACUGACGCGCCUGUUGUUCUUCCGAAAUCCAGUGAAAUUGGGUCCCAAAAUCUCAGACACGCUGAAGGGGAAGUUGAACUUGGGCGCAAGGAUCCUUCAAGCCGGCGGAGUGGAGAGAGCCUUCAGACAAAUCUUCGGGGCCCGGGAAGGGGAGAAGCUGCUCAAGGCCUCACAGUGCUACCUAUCGACCACGGCUGGCCCCAUUGCCGGAAUGCUCUUCAUCUCCACGGAGAAGAUCGCCUUCCACAGCGACAGAUCUCUCUCCGCCACCUCCCCCCAAGGGGAAGUCGUCAGAACUCCAUACAAGGUUGUCCUCAUCCUCGAUGAAGAUGUUCCUCAGUUCUCCCCCUCCCUCGCCUCCCCUCCCCCGAGGCAUUAUCUAAAUUCUUCGACGUUCCUACAGGUGAUCAUUCCGCUGAGGAAGAUCAAGCGGGCCAACCCGGCAGAGAACGCGAACAAACCUUCGCAGAAAUACAUCGAGAUAACCACCGUGGACGAGUUCGAGUUCUGGUUCAUGGGGUUCGUCUGUUACAGCAGAUCCGUCAAGUACGUGCAGAGGGCUUGUUGCAGCAACACCCAAUGA